UUUAAUGUUCAUGGGUCCGGGGUUGACGGAAUGCUCAACUGAACACAUUUAUCUAGGAAAACACCGAUUUACCCUCUCAUCGCCAUUUCUCGCCGUGCCAAGUCCGGCUAUCUAACCAAGAUGGACGUCAUACUCUCGGUCCCCAUCAUCUCGUACUUUGGCGGGCCCAUGCUGAGCUCGUGGUCGGGCUCGAUGAAUUUACUCUUCUUCUAUAUGACCUGGACGACUCUCGUCUUGUCACACCCGGCUUGGAAGAUCGAGUUGGUCGGCACGGUGGCGGUGCGCAUAGUCUUCUGGCUAGCACCGUCGCUCGCCUUCUUAUUAUUCGACACCCUGAUUCCGAGCCUCGCGGAGCCCAUAAAGCUGUACGGUUCGGCGUCUCUGCCGCGACGCAAUGCGGCCUCCCUCCUCCGGCAGCUCCUCCUCGCAAUCUUCAACCUCGCGCUCACGACCGCGGUGCAAGCCGGCAUCUCGUUUGGCGCGACGACGGUCCUGCGGCACCCGCUCUUUAGAGCUAGCACGAGGUUACCGCUGCCGUGGCAAAUCCUAAAGCAUAUCUUGAUGCUAUACACGGCACGCGAAGUGCUCACCUACUAUAUCCACCGGUAUGUGCUCCACUCUCGCGGUAUAUUCGCCAGGCUGCAUAGCGCAUAUGCGCAUGCCCACAAGAGAGCUUCCCCGUACGCGUUGAUGGUGUACACGGAUCACCCGCUGCCGCUCCUCCUCAGUCGCACGUUGCCCGUGUAUCUCCCGGCCGUGGCCAUACAGCCGCACCUGCUCACCUACUUCCUCUUCACCAUCCUGACGACACUCGAGGAGAUGUUGUCCAUGUCGAGCUAUAGCAUCGUGCCGGGGAUCGUUAUGGGUGGGAUCACGCGUCGCACGGCGGCCCACUACGCGAGCGGCGGGCGGGGGAAUUACGGGGCCUGGGGAUUGCUGGACUGGAUCAGCGGCACCAACGUAGGCAAGAAUGCCGUGGAGGACGCCCAAGAGGAGGCCGAGAGGCGCGAGCCCGCGGAGCGGACACGCCAGGCGAGCAGCACGGGAAGCAUAGUACAGGAUGCCUUGGAUGGGUUGAAGAAAGGUCGCAAGAGCCGGAAGCGGAGCUCUGACUAAAGGACGUGGUGUUCCUUUUUUUUUUUCUGGCCAAAGGAUGAUGGACGCGCUUAUGAUGAAAAUGCAGCAUGGGGGCAUAGGAUAACAUACUCGGAGUUCUAUCGACGAGAAGGACGGCGCAACUUCUAGAUGGCUUGGGCAGGGAUACAUGUUUGUACCUAACCCACCAAGGAUAGGUA